GGCUGCGCCAGGCGGCGGCGGCGGGACGGCUGUGGCGUGAGCCCCGGGCCGGCGUCUCGGGGCAUGCCAGGCUGUGUGGCGUUGGUGGUAUAGUGUUCAUCUCCCAAAUGCCACUGGACUCAGGCCCAGUUCUGGGAUGACUAUGGAGAUCCCGAUGUUUCCAAAUGUACAUCCUGGUAACCUGUGGCUGCUUCAACCACUGACCGUUUUGCUACUGCUGGCCUCUGCACACACAGGAGCUGCAGGUCUCCCGAAGGCUGUGGUGAGCCUUGAGCCCCCAUGGAUCAACGUGUUCCGGGAGGAUUCUGUGACUCUGAAGUGCCAGGGGGCCCAUACCCUUGAAGACCACCCCACUCAGUGGUUCCAUAAUGGGAGCCCCAUCCCGACCCAGGUCCAGCCCAGCUACAGCUUUAAGGCCCAAAACAGCGACAGUGGAGACUACAGGUGCCAGACCGGCCAGACCAGCCUCAGUGACCCUGUGCAUCUGGAUGUGAUUUCCGACUGGUUGCUGCUCCAGACCCCUCGCCUGGUGUUCCAAGAGGGGGAGCCCAUCCACCUGAGGUGCCACAGCUGGAGAAGCAAGCCUCUCUACAAGGUCACAUUCUUCCAGAAUGGAAAAUCCAAGAAGUUUUCCCCUGUGAAUUCCAGCUACUCCAUUCCACAGGCAAAUCUCAGCCACAGUGGCGUGUACCACUGCACAGGAGUUAUAGGGCAGAUGCUGCACUUGUCACAGCCUGUGAACAUCACUGUCCAAGGCCCGGCGACUGUAUUCUUCUUUCUACAUUGGUUUCAAAUCGCUUUCUGCCUGGUGAUGGGACUCCUGUUUGCAGUGGAUACAGGGCUGUAUGUUUCUGUGCAGAGAGACCUUCCAAGAUCAGUGGGAGAUGGGCAGAACUGCAAAGUGAGAUGGAGCCAGAGCCCUGAAAACAAAUGAGUUCUGGGCCAAGGAGACUCCAACCACCCUUGUGACCUGUGAUCUUCAGAGCUAAAUGCCAACAAGCCCCACCGUCGCUGAGCUCCUGAAGGUCAAGGCACAGUCACAGCCCACCUAGCUCGACAAGGACUCACAGCAAAUGUGUUUUCAUAGCCUCUAGGCAGAGGCUCCUCAAAUCUAGAAAAACUCAGUAAAUCCUGCCUCUCCUUUCAAUCAAUACAGCAAUCUGAGCGCUUCUCAGGACUGUGCUACCAGCACCUCGGUCCAAUCCACCAUCAUGUCUCACUUGGGUUACUGCAGUAGCUUCCUGACGGGUCUCCUUACAUUCACCCUGCCACCCUACAGUCGAUUCUCACCACAACGGCCAAAGUGAUCUUUUAAAAAUGUGUGUUUUCUCUUUUUUAAAAUGUUAUUUAUUUUAUUUUUUUGAGGAAGAUUAGCCGUGAGCCAACUACUACCAGUCCUCUUUUUGCUGA